AUGACCACUCCAGCUUCCAGCAACACCCGAACCGUCCCCGAAGGUUUCUCCCCGCAUACAGAGAGGAACGCUACGAUCCUCCUCCCCGUACAGGACAAGCCGUUCUUGAACCCGAUUCAAGAGUACAACAGGGACUUGAGCGUGGCCGUGAUCAGACAGUGGGCGGUCAAACGGGAGAGCGAGGCCAAGGCAAAGUGGGAUCAGAGGAAAGCCAGGAGGGAUAAGAACAAGGGCAAGGGGAAGCAGGUAGAGGUCGAGAAGGAUGGGCAAGAGGCUGGGGUCGUCGUCGAUGCUGCUGCGCUCCCCACCACUACCGCUUCCACGACCUCGACAGACCCGACCGCCAUCGCCGGCCCGAGCAGACCCAACCCCAAAGACGUCUACACGCCUCAACGAUUCAACAUCAUCGAGGCCUUGAGCGCGACGGGGUUGAGGAGUAUUCGGUAUGCUCAGGAGAUCCCUGGAGCCAACCUCAUCCUCGCCAACGACCUCCUCCCGACAGCCUGCGAAUCCAUCACACGUAACAUCACUUACAACGACGUCCAAGCGAUCCCAUACGAAACCCUGCCGGACGGGGUGACCCCCAACGAUGGGCUCGUAGCGAGGGGCAAGAUGAGGAGGAAAUUCAAGCGGGGUGGGGUGGUCGUCAAUCAGGGGGACGCCAACACCCUCCUCUACGCGCAUCGUGAAGAACCCGACCGAGUAGACGUGGUCGACCUCGAUCCGUACGGUACCGCAGCACCCUUUAUCGACUCGGCCGUCCAGAGCGUUUCCGAUGGAGGGUUGUUGGCUGUUACGUGUACCGAUCUGGCCGUGCUAGCCGGGUCGAAUUAUCCGGAAAAAUGUUUCGCAAAUUAUGGGGGAACGCCGGCGAAAUCGGAAUUCUCUCACGAAGGCGCCCUGCGACUGGUCCUCUCCAUGAUCUCGACCUCGGCGGCGAGGUACGGACGAUACAUCCAACCCGUACUCAGCUUGUCGAUCGACUUCUAUGUGAGGGUGUUUGUGCGCGUGCAUACGGGGCAGGCGACCGUCAAGCAUACUUUUACGAAACACGGCCUAGUCUACAUCUGUCAUUUCUGCCAAUCGCACUACGAGCAACCGUUCGGACGGGUGGUGGAAAAGACGACGGCAAAGGGGGCCACGAUGGAGAAUUUCAAGUUUAUCAGCGGGCCGCCUGUCGGUGAAAAGUGUCCGCAGUGCGAGUCGGCCAUGACGGUCUGUGGGCCGAUGUGGUUGGGACCUUUGCACGAGCGAGAGUUCAUCGACGAACUCAUCACGACGAUCGAGGCGGAAAAGGACAACUAUGGGACAUUCGCCAGGAUGAAGGGCAUGUUGACGAUGGCAAGGGAGGAAGUUACGGCACCAUUCUACUUUACGCCUUCGAAAGUGGCUAGUUUCUUCCAUUGCGUUGCGCCCAACUUGGCAGAUUGUUUGUCGGCUCUGCUGAACGGCGGGUACCAAGUCUCGCGGUCCCACGCUUCAGCAGGAUCGAUCAAGACCGACGCGCCCAUCGGCUUCGUGCACGACAUGUUCCGAGCUUGGAUCGAGAAGAAUCCGGUCAGGGAGGACAAGAUCGCUGCUGGUUCGCCUGCCAUCACCUUGCUUCAAAAGAGCAAGACACACGAGAUUGACUGGACACCGAACCCUGGUCUUGCCAAGCUGAUGAACAAGGAGAAGCUGGUACGAUACCAAAUCAAUCCUACGAAGAAUUGGGGACCAGGAUCCAGACCAAAAAACAUCACCCAAGCCGAGGACGCUGCUGCUGCCACGAUUAUCACGUCGGAAGAUGUUUCUAUGGGCGACCAGACGGGUACAGCUGUUGGAGGGGAGCAGGAGAUCCAGGACCUCGGUCUCGCUGUGGAUCCCGCCGAGUUCCCACCUGGGGCUGAAGUGGCAGAGCCAGGCGCAACGGCAGCUGAAGCGGUCUCGACGACGACGACGAAACGGCCUCUUACUGAUGGCACAGAGGAACGAGAUGGCAAGAAGACCAAGCUGAACGAGGAUGACGAAGAGUCUGCUUUGAACAUGUAG